AUGCAGUGGACCACGAUGUUGGCGAUAUCUACGACCGGCAGUUACAUGAUUCUCGCAAACCCACUGAGGGAUGGAAAGGAAGUCAGCCGCAUCGCGCGCAUUAUGAGGAAAUUGGGCCCGCUUGCGGAUAGAGAAUCACGUCUUGCGCAGGCUGACGAGCCGCCGCGAUUGGUUCUGCCAAGAGUUAAGGUGCCGGACAUGAUAGACCAGCUUCAUCAUCAGCUGGGGCACGCAGGCCAGCGCAAGACGGAAGUAGCUGUUCACAGACGGUUUUGGUGGUCGACUAUACACCGGGUUCGGCUACCACCUAUCGCCGUGGAUGGCCCCAACCACAGAAUCGAGGUAGAUAUACUUGGGUCACUGUCACACACCCGCCAACGCGACAACCGGUUCAUACUGGUUAUCGUCGACUACUUUACAAAGUGGUGUGAGGCAAUACCCUUAAAAAACCAAGAUGCAAAUUCAGUGGCGACGGCCAUUAUUAACGAUUGGAUCAGUCUUUAUGGGGAAGGAACCAUAACCUGGGUCGACGGGCUGUGA